UUGUUUUCUCGUCGAUCAACAAUAAACCUAAUUUUUGGGGGAAAAGGAAGGAAAUUACAUGUAUACCUGUGGUUCUAAUUACUAAAUCCAAACAGUUAAUUUGAUGGGGAAUUUGUUCGUGAAGAAGCCGAAGAUCACCGAUGUGGAUCGAGCCAUUCUCUCCCUCAAGACCCAGAGACGCAAGCUCGCUCAGCAUCAACAACAGCUUGAAGCUGUCAUUGAAGCAGAAAAGCAAGCUGCAAGGGAUCUGAUUCGUGAAAAGAGGAAGGACCGAGCCUUAUUAGCGCUGAAGAAGAAGAAAACACAAGAAGAAUUAUUGAAGCAAGUUGAUACCUGGCUCAUUAAUGUUGAACAACAAUUGGCAGAUAUUGAACUUGCAAGCAAGCAGAAAGCAGUGUUUGAGAGUUUAAAGGCGGGUAAUAAUGCUAUUAAGGCAAUACAAAGUGAGAUCAACCUUGAGGAUGUUCAGAAGCUAAUGGACGAUAGUGCUGAAGCUAAAGCUUACCAAGAUGAAAUCAAUGAGAUCUUGGGUGAGAAACUGUCAGCAGAAGAUGAAGAGGAGAUUCUGGCAGAAUUUGAAAAUUUGGAAGCUCAGAUUACCGUUCAAGAUAUGCCAAAUGCACCCACUUCUGUCCCAUCAGCUGCGGAAGAUGAGAAGUUAGAUCUGCCCGCCGUACCAACCAAAGCACCCAUUGCUUCGAAUGUGAUUGCUGAUGAUACUGAAAUCGCUUCAGAUGAAGUUUCUACCAAGAGAAGAGUUUUGGAGGAACCAUUGCCUGCUUGAUUGGGAAAGAAACAUCAGAUGGCGUCACCUUCAAACCAUAUCCUUGUGGCUUUCAUCCAUGCAAGCAAAAAAGAUUAUUUCUUUGUCAUUUGGUAUUCUUGCAAUUGCAUGCAAUGGUAAUUGGGGAUUUUCAGCCACAACUGAUUGUUGUGCACAGCAUUUGUAAAAUUCAACUUCUGCUUCAUAUCGUGAUUUGAUCUACUUCUUCACUCUCAAGAGAUGUUUAUUUAUUGGUGUGAUGAAUUAUAUCAGUUGCAUACUUUUU